CAUCUACUCACAUGUCGCUGGAAGUGGGCCCUCCGCCGCAGCUAAGCUAACAGCACAACUCUAUACCUCCAGGUUCUUCACUGCCAGCACCACCAGUCGACGAACAACCUCAUCUGCACACAAACAGACGCACACACGCACACACAGAGAGAGAGAGAGAGAGAGACGCACCAGUGCCAUCCGGGCACUCCAAGCAUGCCCCUUGUCUAUGUGAAUGUCUCUUCCCCACUACGGCUCACUUGUUUGUGUUUCCCCUACUGUGGUAUGAUGUGGGCGAGGCGGUGUUUGGUCAGGAGGGAGCGGGUCAAGGACAUUGCGAUGGGGAAUCGGUCAGACAGCCGCGUGUGGCCCUCGAUGGCCGCUUCGGUCGUGUAGAGGUCGAUGUUGCCACUGUUCAGGUACAGGUAUGCAGCCAUGGUCUCACCUUCCUUCUUGCCCUUGAGGAUGAUGAGUCGCUCCCGCUCGUCAUUCCCCACCCCCUGCCCCUCGUAGAUGAAGUCGAUGGUGGUGUGCCCAUUGAUGGGCUCGGUCAGCAGUAGCUGAUAGCGCUCAUCGCCGCCGCCCACUGGCUCGUCGAGUACCUCCUUCUCGUCCACCCCAUCUUGUUUGUACCACUGCACCAACACCAUCCGUCGGAUGAAGGCCGUGAAUGAGGGGAAGAGGUGGCCAUCGUGGCGGAUGGGCGGGUUGUGGGGGUCGUAUGUGCGGCGGUAGGGAUGCUGGGGAGGGAGACCGGACUUGGGCACCGUCUCGAACUCCCACUGGCGCUCGCCGACUCCAAUGCGAUACCGCUGUCGUGUCACCCCACCGUCCCUCUCUCCCUCUCCCUCUUCUCCAUCCUCUCCAUCCCCCCUCUCGGCAUCCUUCUUGCCCUCGUUGUCAUCGGCCUCAUCCACCUUUGUCAGUGCGAGGCUGGUCCCCUGGUAGUUGAGGAGGUGGCCGAAUGUGCUGUACUGGCGAAGGGGAGGGGCAUGGUGUGGAAGUCGGCCUUGGUGGGCAGCUGGGCCGCCAUCCACUGAGCCGACAUGAUCAGAGGCAGACCAGUCGACGGCGUCAGCUUGUAGAUGUCAGCCAGCCGGAUGAAGUCGGGCCACUCACACCACACCGCCCCGCCAUGCUCCAGUGCAUAGCAGCACUGGGACAGAUAGCAGAAAUGCGACACAUGACGGCCGCCACCGCCUGCAGCUGCAGGGGCCGGUGGGUCACUGCUGCUGCUGCUGCUGGUGUGAGGGGCAGGGGUGGGCGCCGCGGCAUUGGAUGUGUCUGCUGUCCGCUCCACGUCGAUGAGGCCGGUCAGCGAGUGGCGGCUGAGGUGCUUGUCGAUGCGGCGCUGCACAAAGGCCUCAUUGACGAGUUGGCUGCCGUGUGCCCUGCUGAUGGGGCGGGCCGAGCAGACGGCCUCAUCGAUCGGCAGGCACGGGUAGAUGACGUCGCGGCAGACAUCAGGCGGCAGGCCGUCGGCCGAGUCGGCGGGCGGGGGCGGCUUGGCCCAGCCGAUGGGCCGAAUGGUGCCCUUGACGCCAUCCUCGACGACACACAGCGCAUCUUUAGCCGACGAGAGAGCGGCGAAGACGCUCACCCACUUAUCGGCGAGAAAGGGCGUCUGCACCAAACAAACACACACACAGACAACCAGGGAGAGAGUGACGGCUGCAGUACUCUCGUGUGUGUGUGUGUGUGUGGUUGACCUGUGCGGCGACUGUGGUGUUGAAGAGCUGCUGCACACCGGCAGCCUCUCGUGUGACCUGCAGACACCGCACACACACACACAGUGGAUGGGAGCACACCAGCAGUGAGGCCAUUGGGCCUCUCAUGCGCCACGUGCCUGAUCUAUGUGUGUCUGCAGCGAUGCGAUGCGCUCCUCCAGACGAACCAAACCCUCACUGAUGGACUGUUACACACACACACACAAACCACCCGAUGAAUGAUGGCCGUUUGUGUGCUCUCUCGAGUGAAUGCGUUCGCUUCUCGAUAUGAUGCUCACCGGGGUGUUCUCAUUUGCAGCGGCCGAGUCGCCGCCUUGUGUGCGGGGACGCUUCGGCUCUCCUUCAAUGCUCAUGCUCGACAACCAGAGCUACAUUCACAAUAGUAGUAGGGCACAUCUACGGAGCAGGUUUCCGUCAUGGUGUGCUUGUGUGUGUGUGUGUGAACCAAUCGCCGCAUUUUCCCACCUUGUUUCCCACUCACUGUCGGACGAGAGGCUGCUACGUGGCGAGGAUGAUGAUGGACAAUAAGCCGCCGAUGGAUCAGUUAUCACACGAGAAGCGGCUGAGCGUGCACAAGCAGGGCUUGGGAAGCACAAAGAGGGCCUGGGAACAAUUGCCUGGGAAGCGAUUCGUGUC